CAUGUGUCCACUGUAACUAACUGGUCAGAGGUGGCUGACAUGGUCAACAAAUUUAUCAAAGAAAUCCACUGGCUUUUGAAGAAUUGUACAUCUGGAUCUGCACAUCCAGGCAAACAGGAUGCCUUGAGACACACGCAGCAUCUGGUGGAGGAUUAACAUACAUACAUGUGUAUGUAUGCGUCACGUAUAUAUUUGCUGCAAAUGGUGGGGAUCAUUUAGUGCCCGAGAUGGGAGACCUGAAGUCAGGUUUUGAAGAGGUGGAUGGCGUGAGGCUCGGCUACCUCAUCAUUAAAGGAAAGCAAAUGUUUGCCCUUUCCCAAGUCUUCACGGAUCUGCUGAAAAACAUCCCGAGGACGACCGUGCACAAGCGCAUGGAUCAUCUGAAAGUGAAAAAACACCACUGCGAUCUGGAGGAGUUGCGGAAACUCAAGGCCAUCAACAGCAUCGCCUUCCACGCCGCCAAAUGCACGCUCAUCUCCCGGGAAGACGUAGAAGCCCUCUACACCUCCUGCAAAACCGAGCGGGUCCUCAAGACCAAGCGCAGGAGGGUCGGUCGGGCCCUGGCCACAAAGGCGCCGCCGCCAGAGCGCGCCGCUGCAGCCGCCGGCACCCGCCCGGCUGUCUGGAAGGACCGGCACCAACUUUGGCGGGGCCUGAGCGGAGCCACGCGGCCCCUGCCAAUCAGCGCACAGUCCCGGCGCUCGGGCGCUGCCUCGGCGCGCCCCGCCGCCCAUCUACCUCAGAUUUUUAGCAAAUACCCGGGCUCGCACUACCCAGAAAUCGUGCGCUCGCCUUGCAAACCCCCUCUAAACUAUGAAACUGCCCCGCUCCAGGGAAACUACGUCGCUUUCCACUCGGACCCGGCUUAUUUUCGGAGCCUGCUGUGCAGCAAGCACCCAGCCGCCGCUGCUGCCGCUGCUGCAGCCGCCGCCGCCGCCGCCGCCGCCGCGGCGGCUGCCGCCUACUACCAGGCAUCGGCGGCCGGGCCCCAGCCCAAGGCGGCAGCCGGCGCGGGCGGCCCCGCGAGCCUGACCUACCGCUGCAAGCGCAAGCGCGGGGGCGCCAAGGACUGCCUGGUUGCACCUCCCUCCAGCGCCCGCCGCCUGCUGCUGCUGCCCAGGUCCUACAAAACGAAGGCGGCGGCGGCAGCGGCGGCCGGAGCCACUUGCCUGGAGAGGUUUCAUCUGGUUAACAGCUUCUGCCCGCCUCCCCACCACCACCACCACCACCACCACCACCACCACCAUCACCACCACCACCACCACCACCGGGCCCAGCCGCCGCCGCAGAGUCACCACCCCCCUCAUCACCACCGGCCGCAGCCCCAUCUGGGCAGCUUUCCCGAGAGCUGCAGCAGUGACUCGGAGUCCAGUUCCUACUCGGACCACGCAGCCAACGACUCUGAUUUUGGCUCCAGUUUGUCCAGCUCCAGCAACUCUGUGUCCUCGGAGGAAGAGGAGGAGGAGGGAGAGGAGGAGGAGGAGGAAGAGGAGGAGGAGGAAGAGGAGGAGGGGGGCAGUGGGGCCACGGAUUCCAGUGAAGUCAGCUCGGAGGAGGAGGAUUCGUCCUCGGAGUCGGACUCCAGCUCCGGCUCCAGCCAAGUGUCAGUGCAGAGCAUCCGUUUCAGGCGCACCAGCUUCUGCAAGCCGCCCAGCGUACAGGCGCAGGCCAACUUCUUGUACCAUCUGGCCUCCGCCGCUGCAUCCAACCCCACUGCUUUCGAGGAUGCCGGCCGAUUUCCCGACCUCAAGAGCAGUGUUAAAGCCGAGUCGGCAGAGGACUGGACUCUGCAGAGCUGGGCCUCCAAAGCGUCUCCGGUGUACUGCUCGGCCGGCCUGGGGAAUUGUUUCACAGAGAUAAGGAACGAUAGAGUAUCUGCAGUUACAUUCCCACACUCUGAAAUUUCCAGUACUGUAAAGAGAACUGACCUGACAAUUAACUGCCUGGCAGAGGGGGCCUCUUCACCUAGCCCAAAGACAAACAAUAUAUUUCCACAACAAAGAAUACUCCGAGAAGCUAGGAAAUGCCUGCAAGCAACUCCUACUACACACUGUGCAGAUAACAACACAAUAGCUUCUAGGUUCUUCAAUAAUGAUUCUUCAGAAGCAGCAGCAAAUUCAGAAAAAGAUUCCAAAAUCUCUCCUUGUACUGAAUUUGCUACGGAUUUGCCCUUUUUGCAGACUAAUCCUGGGGUAGAUGCAGCAACAGCAACGAAAGCGGAGAAUCCCUGCACUGACACAGGCGAUGAGACACUGCCACUUCUGCACAAUAUUAGAAUCAAAGUCGAAGACAGUAGUGCUAAUGAAGAAUAUGAACCUGACCUUAUUUCAAAUAAGCUAAAGUGCGAGUGCAAUGAUACAAAGGGUGAGUUUUACAGUGUGACUGGAAGUAAAGAGGAGGACACCUUACUAACCACAGCCAAGGAAGGGUUUACAUGCCCUGAAAAAGAAACUCCUUCCUUAAAUCCACUGGCUCUGAGUCAGGGCCUUUCAUGCACUUUAGGUUCUCCAAAACCUGAGGAUGAGGAAUAUAAAUUUGGUGCCAGGGUGAGAAAAAACUACCGGACACUAGUCCUGGGAAAGCGAUCUGUACUUCAGACACCUCCACUCAAACCAAAUUUGAAAUCAGCUAGAAGUCCUCGUCCUACAGGUAAAAUUGAGACACAUGAAGGAACACUGGAUGAUUUUACAGUUAUAAACAGACGCAAAAAGGUAGCCAGCAAUGUAGCAUCAGCAGUGAAAAGGCCAUUUAAUUUCAUGGCAAAUUUUCCUUGUCCACCAUCACUCAUUAUUGGGAAAGAUGGGGAUUUGUGGCCUGCAUAUUCUUUAAACACCACUAAGGAUUCCCAACCUCCUCACAAGGCCCAUCCUAUCUGGAAAUGGCAGCUGGGCGGUUCUGCAAUACCUCUUCCACCUAGUCACAAAUUCAGGAAAUUUAAUUCAUAAAAGUGUUUUUGGAAGAUAUUUUCUUGAACCGUAUUACCUUCCUUUUGUUGUAAACUGCACAGGAUGGUUUGUACAAGUCCAUUAAUGUGUUACACCCCUUUUGGAGUCCUGGUUUAUCGCAUUUUGAAGACAGAAAUCAAAUCGGAUUACUUUUUUUUUCCAUUGCGAGUUUUUUUUUUUUAGUAGGGUGGGGGCGGGGUGGGAGAAUGGUUGG